GGGGCGGGAGUCUACUCUAUACAAGCCGUCCCGCACAGCGGACUGUGGAGCCGCUGCAGCCACAGCACACAGGCCGCCGGGCUGCCGGGCACCAUGUCCCGCUCAUCUGUGCAGGGCCAGGCCGGGGGAGAGGCGCUAUCCCCUGGGCAGAGCGCGGAGAACGGCCUGGAGGAAGACGAAGAAGAGGAGGAGGAGGAAGAAGAUCUGGACGACGAGGUUGACGCUUCUCGUCUAGAGAAGUUCAUGAGAGACAGGAGGAGAGCCCAGUCUCUGCCCGCCUACCCAGCGGAGCUCCUGGACGGGGUGUCCGGGAGUGAGGUGAGGAAGCGCGUGAAGUUCGCGGACUCAAUGGGUCUAAACCUGGCUAGCGUCAAACACUUCAGCUCUCUAGAGGAGCCGAAGAUCCCGAGCAAAGUUCUGUCUCGACACAAGAGCUUCCCGCCGCAGCAGGACCUCCUGAACAACCUGUGUCAGAGCUUUAAGACCAGCCUGGCCACGGACCGGCUGGUCUGCUGCUUCCCGGAACCGCGAGACUCGGAGCGCAGAGUCCAGCAGCUCCGCGUGUGCCUGGAGAGGGUCACCAUCACCCAGUUCGAUGUGCGGGGACAGAUCCGAGUCUUCACCGGCUGCACGGACAACGAGGUUGGGGUGAGGUACACCUUCAACGACUGGCUGUCUCACGUGGACUCGCAGGCUCUGCCCGUGGCCGCGGAUGGGCCGGGCUUUAUGGGGGAGCGCUUCGACUUCACGGUGUACACGCCGCCCUUCAUGGACCCCAGCUCCGCCGUGCACCUCGCCGUCUACCUAAAGAACGGGGAGGGGGUGUUCUGGGACAACAACGAGGGGCAGAACUACACCCUCAGGUACAUCUGCAUGCCCAGCUCUGCGCCCUUCGUCAGCGCAGCUUUUCACGCCACCUGACCGCCGAGGAAAACCUUAACACCUGUGCGUAAAAGCUCUCCACCGCGCGUAAAAACCUCUCCAUCCCUAAAGACUGCUGAAUGAAGAGCUCCGAUGCUGCCGUUUUAAUCUGCUGACGAAAAUAUAAUCUGUGAUUUUAGGAUGAGUCUUUUUUGACCAGAGAUUUUAUUUAAUAAAAUAGUUUUUAUCAAAAGAACAACACCGAUCCAACUGAGGUUUCCCCCACAUUUGGUCUCAGAAUGAGCCCCUUUUUUCCCUUUCUGUACUUUGAAUGUUAAACAGCCUCACCAAAACUUGUUCUUAAGGACACAGCUGACAUUUUGAGAUAUUUUCGGAACUUCCACUUGGAUCACUGGACUUAGUUUCUUCCAGAGGACGUGGGCACUGGUUUAUGGAAAAUAUGAUGAAGUCAAAGAGUUGCUUGAGUUAUGUCAUCCCAGCUAACAUCAUGGCUGCACAAACGUUUUUGUGAAGAGCUAAUUGAUGUAAUAAGGAGGGAACUUUCAGAACAAUCCUCCCUUAAACUGCAUCAUAUAAACAUUUUAACAAUGAUUAAAAAAAAAAAAAAAAAAAUCUUAAUCAGAUAAACUGUGAAAAAAGAUUUGAAUUUCAUCAAGACUUAGAUGGACACAAAUGGCUGAAUUUGAUUUGAAUGUAUCAUGAUGCUGAAAUUUCACCAUUUAGCCAAAAACAGAAUUGCUUUAGGGAGUUUUUGUUUAAGAAUUUUGAAAGAGAAGGUAAAACACAAGUAUUGUGAAAGGCGUUUUAGCAAGGUAUUGUGUUCCAUAUAGCAGUUUGUGAUAAAUUGAUCUCAAUUAAUAAAUCAUGCUUUUAAACAAGAAACAAA